UUGAACCAAUCAUCUGUUUUCGGCAAAUCAUGCCUUUGAAUUUCAAGAAAUUGAUCAAUAUUCACGAAUGAUUAAGGACAAAUAUGAAAACACACGAAAAAAUCCAACUACACUUGAUUGAUACCUCGAAAGAGAAAAAUCGACAUGCAACACUGUUGAUAUUAUAAAUAUGUUUACGCUAGUAUAUUCAAACAGAAACAUCAAUAGUUCAGUUCCUCCUUGAUAAACAGAAAUGUUGUUGAAUGCCGAUACAUGGUGAACGCCUUCCAGAAUUAUUAAACAAAUCACUGUCCAUAAACAUAUUGAAUACCUUCAUAAAAAGGUAAGGUAAACCAGAGGGGAAUUUCCCUAGAUGCUCAGGAAUUUUCACAAAAAAAUAUCAGCAAUGAAGACAGCACCGCAAAUAUUUUUGCCGAAACCAACUGUAACGAAAAAAAGCAACAAUUUUCACAACUCCGUCAAGUUUAUCAUUGUAAUCGCCCAGUAUUUUGGUUUCUUUCCGAUAUUGGGACUUUCCACGGGCAGUUGGAGGAGUGUUGAUUUUAAAUGGUGGUCUGGCAUUAACAUUUACAGCUUGAUUAUAUUAGUUGGAGCCAUCAUGCAGUCUCUAAUUAGCCUCUGGUUUUUGCUGUCUACAAGGAAUUUGCAAAGAUUCAAUAAUAUUGUUUUUUACAUAAGGGGAAGUUUAACUUGCUACCUCUUCAUAAGGCUGGCAAGAUCAUGGCCUGGAUUGAUGAAAGAAUUCGCUAAAGUCGAGUCAUUUCUAAGGCACUACCCUCUCACUAAAGUUAAUAUAACAAAAAAACUGAGGAUUAUUUCUAUUUGCAUAUUCGCUGUUGCUGGAUUCGAACAUAUCUGUUCUCAGAUAGGAAACUUCCUGAAAGCCUUCAACUGCGGUAAAGAUAGAAAAGGUGGAACCAUUGAAUUCUAUUUCACUGUGAUUGCACAUCCCCAGGCGUUUUACAUAUUACCUUAUUCAGUUUUCAUUGCCAUCCUAUUCCAGUUACUGACAAUCAUCAUGACUUUUGGCUGGAACUUUCUUGAUGCUUUUGUGAUUUUAGUGAGCACAGCCUUUUCAUCUAAAUUGAUACAAUUCGAGGAGAAAAUCAAUUUUCUCAAAAAUCAGCGCAUAGACUCAGUCAAAAUUUGGAAACAUAUUCGGGAGGAUUAUAGUCAACUCUGUCAUCUUUUCAAGAAAUUCAAUAAUGAAAUGAAUGGAAUUAUAAUUGUGUCUUUCAUAACGAACGUCUUUUUCAUUUUGUGGCAGCUUUUCUCAAGCUUAACAAUGGUUCAAACAGGACUUCUGCAAGUAUACUACGUUUUAUCCUUGUUCCUUCUGAUUUCGAGGAUAUCUUUCGUAUGUAUCUCUGGAGCACAAUUUUAUAAUGAGUCUCUAAACAUCAUAAGUGCACUAACUACAUCGAAUUCAUACAUUUAUAACGAAGAAAUUGAACGUUUUAUUGUUGAGGUGGAUGCGGCUCCUCUCAUUCUGAGUGGGGGUAAUUUUUUUUACAUCACCAAAGGCCUAAUUCUUGAACUUGCUGGAGCCAUAGUUACUUACGAGUUAGUUCUCAUCCAGUUCUCCAAUCAAAUGCUAGAAAAUCCAAUUCAAAAUGCAUCUUUAUGCCAUGUUUAAAUUAAAUUAAUUUUAAUAUGUGAUAUAAAGCUUAGGAUCUAGAAUUUCUUUUAGAAUGGUGGAGGACAACUCCAUUUUAGAUUUUAUUAAAUAUAUCUAAAUAUAG